AUGGGUAUUAUUUUAACAGUGAUUACCUAUCAUCAGAAUAGUAUAUUAGAAGAUAUUCAUUUAAAUAGAACUGUGAAUCAAAUAUUAUUCUCAUCACUAUGGAAUAAUUCUUGGGAUAGUUUAAAACAAGAAAAUAAUUGGUCUCGUCAUCUUUAUUUAAUUCGUCAUGGAAAAUAUUUUCAAAAUGCUAAGAAUAUCAAGAAAAUGAAAUUAACUUCAUUAGGUAAAGAACAAAUAACAUAUACCGGAAAAUAUUUAAAUGAAAUGAAUAUAAAAUUUGAUCGUCUUAUUCAUUCGGGUAUGAUUCGUGCAUUACAAAGUGCAAUAAUAAUUAAUCAACAAUUAAAUUAUCCACUUAAAUUAAUCGAAGAUAAAAAUUUAGCUGAAGGUUUACCUGUUCUACCAAGUCCUUAUGUUAAUCUAACCCAACGGCAAAUUAAUUCUUAUAGUCAUAAACAAAGAAUGGAUGAAGCUUUCCGAACUUAUUUUCAUCGAGCCUAUUAUAAACAAUAUAAAGAUACACAUGAUAUUAUUGUAUUUCAUGCAAAUGUAUUACGAUACUUUAUUUGCAAAGUAAUGCAGUUUCCUAUUGCAUUCUGGUUAAAUAUAGAAUUAAAUCAUGGUUCGAUUACACAUAUAACUAUAUUAAGUAAUGGAAAUGUUAUUUUACAAAAAGUUGGUGAUAGUGGAUUUAUUCCAUCAAAUAAAUUGACAGUUUAA